AUGGAACGAAAGACCUUAACAUCUGUGAAGCUGUGUCGGCUGGGAGCUGUCCUCGUGGGAACCCUGUUUUUUUACGCCGGCCUCAUCCAUCUGGUGGAGAGCUCUGGGGACCCCUGGCUUGAGAACUCCAACGCCUCGAGCCGUCCAUACUUCCUGUUUGUGUACUUCCUAACAGUGACCAUGUCCACGGUGGGCUAUGGCGACGUCCUAGUCUACACCGCGUCAGGACAAUUUUUAAUCACCGUGUUCAUCUUCAUCUACCUGGCGAUGUUUGCAAGCUUCAUUCCCCAGGUGAAGGAGAUCCUAGCAAACAGAAAGCGCUUCAAUGGGGAAUACUCCGUUGUCUUGGGGAAAUCGCAUGUGGUUGUAUGUGGACAUCUUUCCCUGAGCAACAUUGAGCCGUUUGUGAGGGAGUUCUUCCAUGACGACCGGGGAGAGGUUAACACCGACCUCCUCUUCCUGGGGGACUUUUGCCCUGACGCUACGCUGGAGGAUUUUUUUGUGAGUCUCUCUGGGCAAAUCAACUUUUAUCAGGGCUUGGUGAAGACCAGACAGGACCAGGAGAGAGUCAAGAUGCGCGACGCGGCCGCCUGUGUGAUCCUCUGUGACCGCUUUGCUGCCGACCCAGAUGCACAGGACUCGGACACACUGAUGAAUGUGAUCACCGUCAAGACCUAUCAUCCCAAAACCAGGGUGAUCGUCCAAAUGUUGAAGCCCAGCAGCAAGGUCCUGGUGCAGAAGAUUCCGGACUGGGACUGGAAUUCUGGCGAUGCAGCGUUGUGUCCCAUGGAGCUGAAGCUGGGGUUCAUGGCGCAGAGUUGUCGUGUGCCAGGACUGUCCAGCUUGCUCGCAAAUCUGUUCACAAUGCAGAGUGAGGUGGAACAGAAGGGAGACUCGUGGAAGAACUUCUACAGAGAGGGCAUGUACAAUGAGAUCUACACAGAGCACCUCUCCUGGCCUUUUAGAGGCAUGUCCUUCGCCCAAGCCAGCAAGCUCUGCUUCCUGAAGCUGGGCCUGCUGCUCAUCGGCAUAGCAACCUACAGCGAAGACAACGAGAUGAGUGUUCUGGUGAAUCCUCCGGACUGCAUCAAAAUCAAACGGGGGACUCUGGGCUUCCUGGUGGCCAGCGAUGCAAGCGAUGCCAGGAGGGCCAGCAUCUACUGUGAGAGGUGUCACAGCCGGGUUAGAAGGCUGUGCAGGAUGAGACCGUGCGAGUGUCCUGAGUUUGAUGAGGACGGCUCUCUAACCUCUGCCAUGAAUUUACGACGCCCAUCUCUGGGAGUACUUCCGGUCAUUUCUGAUCUCGUGGAGAACGGUGACUGGACCAAGGAGAUGGAGCUGGAGGGUCAGGUGACGCUCGACUCCACCGGAAUGUUCCACUGGUGUCCCCCUGUCUCCCUGGAAGCUGUUACCCUGACCAGACACAGUGCCAUUGCCCUGGCCCUCCAGAAGCACGUGGUGGCCUGUGUGUUUGGGGACCGUGGCUCCAGACUGCAGAGCCUGCGGGCCUUCAUGAUGCCUCUGAGAGCCAGCAGCCUGACCAGCCCUGAACUGCCCACCGUGAUCUUCCUGGGGGACAGAGACUACUUCCUGAGGGAGUGGCACGACAUCCACUACUUCCCUAACAUCUAUUUCCUGCCUGGCUCUCCUCUGUGUCUAGACGACCUGCUUGCGGUGGGGGUGACCCGCUGUUCGCGAACGGUGAUCCUGACCUCGACGGGAUCCACCGAGGACACCCAGACGCUCCUGUCCUGCUUCACACUCGACAGCCUCAGCCUGCAGACCGAGGCCCCAACCACACUCAGCCCCUCCAGCAACACCCAGGGACUCGACCCACAAAACACAACCGGACACUCCGUCCCUCUGCUGGCGGAACUGGGUAACACCUUGAACGUGAAGCUUAUGAAUGACACGGACGGUCUGGAGGAGGAAGACAGUUUCCCGCUGACGGAGGACUUCUCCGUAGGCAAGGUGUUCUCUGUGGACGUGCUGGACUCGCUCAUGGCCGCCACAUACUUCAACUCCAACGUUCCCUUGCUGGUGUCAACACUGGUGACGGGCGGGGACACGCCCCUCCUGGAGGCCCAGUUCGUCAGGGACAACAAGCUGAAAGGAGGGGUCAUGACUCCGCAGCUCUGGGCCCUGCGCCGGAGGUCCAAACUGGCCCAGCUGGCCCUGCAGGAGCAGCCCCUCUGUCACCUACAGUGUGUGUUGUACAGGGAUCUGUUUGUCCAGGCUCUGGACUCUCUGGAGAUCCUGUGUUUCGGCCUGUACCGUCUCGUAGACCCUCCCAACCGCUUCAUGAAGAGGUUUGUGAUCACCAACCCUCGAAGUGACCUCCCUCUGCUGGCCUCAGACCAGGUCUUCUGCUCCGUCCCCUUCCAUCAGUCCCACCUGCUGACCCAGUCACCCCCUCUGAACCUUCACCAGACCCCACACGACUCCAGCAUCCUCUGAACCUCCUUCACCAGACCCCACACGACUCCAGCACCCUCUGA